AUGCGGCUGCUCAGAUCCAGCGAAGCAAGUGUGGGGCGAUGCUUGUGGCUGCCACAACUUGGCGCAGCAAACACCAGACACAGGGAGCCGACACACCACCACUCAAAAAGGAAAAGAACGUGGCAUGAUGUUACACACACAUUUAUUGAAAGUCACACCUGCAUUGCCAAAAAAACAACUGCUGCAGCCACUGCUCCCUCACAGCACACCUGGGCAUGGCCGCCACCGCCACCACCACCACACAAAACAAUUGCUGGGGCCAUUAUUCCCUCACAGCACACACAGGCACGGUUGCCACCACUGCCGCCACUGCCACCACCACCAUCACCAACACCACCAUCACAGGCAUGGGUGUGGUCCCACUCAUGCAUACAACACACCUCAAAAGUGGACCCUCAUGUGCCUGGCAAUAUCAACCCCUUGUCUUGA